AUGACCUUAUUCAACGCAACCGCUUUAGGAGCCUUUCAGCUCAAACACCGUGUGGUCUUUGAUCCAAUUCUCUCAGAAUGGUCACAUGUCGAGCUUGAAAAUUACUUCGAAAAGCUGAACCCCGACGGCGGUUUAGUCCUCGUACCUCCUGCAUGCUCUACACUUCCUAAUAAAGCACAGAAGCGUGUCAUCGAUCGACUGCACGCUUUGAACGACAGUAUCGUCUUUGCACAAGUUUGCGAUGACGGAUCACCCAUCGAUAGCUUGUCGCAGAACCUUGCCUAUUCCGCAAGUAAAAAGAUCGAUCUAGGCUAUGACGGAGUGGAAAUAAAUAUUGGGGGGCCCAUGCUACAAAAGAUUCUCGAUGAAACUAGCGAUCCAAGCACUGCUGUCGCUACAAUCCUCAAAGUCAUUUCCGCGGUAGCAACCCUUGUCCCCACGGACCAGGUGGGAAUUCGGCUUGUUCCAUUUUCCAAUGUGGAAAGCCAGCAACAACCCUUGGAGUUCUUCUGCACAUUGAUUGAGUCGAUCGCGUCUCAGUUGCCUACUCUUUGCUUUGUUCACGUGGUUGCGCAUGCCCGGUUCGACGACUUUGAAUAUCCCAGAAAUGCAUCAUUGGACGAAUUUCGAGGAGCAUUGGCCUCUGCCUCCCACUCGAUUGCAUUUAUUUCAGCCGAUGCUUAUGAGUCUGAAACCGCCAGCACCAUUGCAGCUCGUACCCAGGAUCUAGUGGCGAUUAGUCUGCCCGCAGAGAUUGACCUAAAUCUGAUCACUACUCUACGCCAGGGUGCCCCUUAUGAAAUCGCUGAGGUAACAGCGGAUCGUCUCAACGCCAUCCGAUCGACCUUCCAGACCGGUAAAGAAUAUGUGCUUGAGUGGCCGAGCGAGCAGAAAAGAAAAGUCUUUGGCGCCAUGGAUGACCUGGACCGAUACCUAGGAGAGCUCGAUCCCGCUCUCUCCUACGAGGGCACAGAUAAGAAAGUAGUCUGGCGCAAGUCAUGCUGGUUUGCGAGUGAGGGGAUUUCCCACCCCUUUCUGGACACGGAGAAAGCCAUUGCUGCCUUCGAUGGCGACCUUCACGACGGUCUGGCGGGUCUCCAAGCGUUGCAGGAUCCGUCCGUUCGCCAGUCCAUGGUAUAUCUCAAGAAUGUGCUCGACAGUGCGUUAGUGACAACAAGCGCUGCAGUCGGUAUCGACAAAGACAUGAUUCAGCGUUGCACGGUGCGGUACCGCAUCAUCAAAUACACAGCCCAUGCCGGGAACCCCGGUGGCAUUGGACUUCAUCCGGAUGGCAAUCUCCUGUCAGCCCUGAUUACCAACGGUGACGGGUUGCGCGUAUACGAUCUUGAUGGCACCGUUCGAUAUCCCGGAUACAAUGGUACUAUCAUGAUGGGAGGCUCUACCCUCUAUCGCUGGUCGCAGGGACACUACCCGCCUACCUUCCAUGAUGUGACGACAAAUAAAGACCAGGUCAAAGUAUCGAUUGUGGCCUUUUUCAACUUCCCGGAUCUUGUUACCAUCCCACGGGCCUUGAAUUCUGGCUCAGCCAGCGAUGGAGGCUUCUUCCAUGAUAUUAGAGUGAUUAAAGAGGAUGAUAAAUUGCCCCAUGGGCAAUUGUCUCCGUUGUGGGAUGUCAUUAUCGACAAACAUCAACUUGUCCUGCCGCCAGCCGUUACUGCCAAAUGA